GGGCGCAGCGCGGCAGAGCGCGGCACAGAUCGGACUGCUCCUUAGCUCACUGCUCUGGCCAAAGGGCUGGGAGGGAGGCGACCAGGAGCACACACGCCGGGCAGGCAGGGAGGGCGCGCGGAAAUUGGCACGCACUUAGCCCACCCGGCCCAGAGGCAAGAAUAGGGACCUGGCACUCUAGUCUCCACAGACUCUUCUCCAGCUGGGUCUGCCCUCCUCCUUCUCUUCCACUGCUACAAGGUUCAAGCAGCCUUCGCUGGCAAUCGGGACCCGGGGCUUCCUCACCCCCACCCACCAGGCACUAGGUGUGUUCGCAGAGCUUGGACAGAAGCUAAUCACAAAUUCUUCUUGCUUACCAUGCCGGCGGACACCCUGGAGAAGCCGCGGGCCUCUCCUCUGGCUGGAGCGCCGGCCAGCGCCAGCCAGACGCCAGACAAACCCAAGAGCGCGAGCGAGCACCGCAAGUCGUCCAAGCCCAUCAUGGAGAAGAGGCGACGAGCGCGGAUCAAUGAGAGUUUGGGCCAGCUCAAGACGCUUAUCCUGGACGCACUAAAGAAAGAUAGCUCCCGCCACUCGAAGCUGGAGAAGGCAGACAUCCUAGAAAUGACUGUCAAGCAUCUGCGGAGCCUGCAGAGGGUCCAAGUGACAGCUGCCCUCAGCGGUGACCCUAGCGUCCUGGGCAAAUACCGCGCCGGCUUCAAUGAAUGCAUGAACGAGGUGACCCGCUUCUUGUCCUCUUGCGACGGGGUCACUUCGGACGUGCGCUCUCGCCUCCUGAGCCACCUUGCCGCCUGCCUCAACCAGCUCGGACCCGUGCGAUACACGCCGCCCGGAGUUGUCCAGCCCUCACAUCUGUCCCAACCGCUGCACGUCCAGCUGCCCGGGACCGCGGCUACCGCUUCUGCCCAGUGCAAAAUGAGCCCGGCUGGAGCCUUGUCGCCCAAAGUGUACGGCGGCUUCCACCUGGUGCCGGCACACGACGGCCAGGCUGUAGCUUUCCUCAUCCCCAAUCCCGCCUUCGGGCCUGCCCCGGGCUCGCUGCUCCCGACUUACCCCAGUGCGACAGCGGCUGGGGGAGGUCCAGCCUCCGGGGGAGCACUAGCUGGCGCCCCUCCUCCCCCCACAGCCGGUGGCGCCACCAGCUCGCCGGUGCACGGCCUCACCUCCCUGGGAGGCAGUGGGCCGCGGGCGGGCAGCCCCGCGGAGGACAGAUGUGAGCCUGUCUGGAGGCCGUGGUGAGCCCCCUCAUCUGCCCGCCGGUAGCAGCCGCUGUCAAACCUCUCUUGCUCAGACUUUGCCGGGGAGCAAGAGCUGCUGAAUAGCCCCAGGCCCGCCCUUUCUCGGAGGGAAGCCUCUCUUGUCCAGUUAGUUCCGUUUUAUGGGACGCCCGAGUGUGUCAGGCAGACGAGACUUAUUUAUUUCCACAGGCUGGAGUUCCCGCGUCGUCGAGUCGUGAUUUGUUCUUAGUGUCGAGUUUUUUUAUAUAUAAAUGCCUUCUUGGAAACUUU